AUGGGAUCCAUUGUUGCGAACCACGUGCCGUCCAAUCCGAUCGACACGAUGUUAGGAGCCAAUACGGUCAACUCGGUCAACUCGGACGUUUAUUCUCACGCUACACUCGACGCUCGCUCUAGAUCGAGCUCCAAUAACACCACCCCCACCUCAUCUACCACCGCCCCGCCACCUGUAGGCUCAACUUGGCUUCCCGCGCAUUCGAAUGAGAUCCCCGCCUACAUCGCCUCCCACCACUCAAACUCCUCCAGAGAAGAGUUCCAUCCCCCGCCAUCCAUGACCCCCUCCAACUAUGCCCCUCCCUCCGAUUAUUCCUAUUCCAGCUCUCACACCACCCCUCAACAUCCGCCUGGUCAUGUCCCCAUGGCUAACAUGAACCCAAUGACCUCCUCCACUGCGCCGCCAUAUACCCAGUCUCCGGACUCGCCGCGUCUGCAGCCCACCCACCUGCAGUCUUUAGGCGGCUCAGAGGCAAAUUCUCCCAGUCGCAUUCGCGUUCGAAGUCUUUCCCAUAUCCAGAGUUUAGCCAGUGAAGAAUUCCUGGCCCCACCCCACCGAUCACAUCUCCAAGACCAACAUGGUGCACCACAACGGCAGUUCGAGAUUAGCUCCAUGCCCGUGGGCGAUAUUAUCGAGAUGGUAGCCGGCUUGCUCACCAAGAUCACCACAACCAAUGAUUUGCAGCAUGAACAUGGUAAUCGCCAAAUGCCACCACCAGAUGGGACGACCAAUCUGAGCGCCCAAGCCACAAGUGUUCUCGCUUUUCAUGGAAAGAAUGUCCCCAGCAUCACUAUCCUCAGUUACCUCACUCGCAUUCAUAAAUACUGCCCCACAACCUACGAGGUCUUUCUCAGUCUGCUGGUGUAUUUCGAUCGCAUGACCGAUCUGGUCAAUCGCGGGCAGCCGGAUCGGUCGCAACCUCAAUACGAACACACUGCGGGCGACCAUCAAAGGUCCACUUCGCUCGAUCCUAUGGAUACAACCGCGGACAGCAGGCAAAUGCAUGACCCAACAAUUGUCACGCCGCCAUCUUCUGCGGGUAUAUCUGCCCAGGAUCCCAAUCCCAAUUCUUCUAUUUCUCCCGCGCUGUACUCGCAAGGAGAAGAUGAUAGUCUCUCCCAUUUCUUUGUCGUUGACAGCUUUAAUAUUCACCGGCUGGUCAUCGCCGGCGUGACCUGUGCGAGUAAAUUCUUUUCAGACGUCUUUUAUACUAACUCCCGAUAUGCAAAGGUUGGUGGUCUUCCACUAGUCGAACUGAACCAUUUAGAGCUUCAAUUUCUUCUAUUAAACGACUUUCGUCUCGCUAUCCCCGUCGAAGAACUCGAAUCCUACGGGACAAUGCUCGUAGAAUUCUACGCCCGUGAAAUCGUCUCGCAACAACAAGCGGCCGUCCCACGACCUAUCGUCGGAUCAACCUCAGACACCGACGCAAUGUACAUGCGGUCUUCUCGCGAGAAGCGACGAGACCCCACCGAGCUCGGUCAAACACCCACACCACCUUGA